AUGCUCGCACUCAAGUCACAACUCAUCGGCGUCGCUCUCGUGCUGGCAUUCUGUGCUGAAACCCUCUAUGCAAGGAAUGGGUAUAAUAACAAGCACGUAUGCCCACCCCGCUCGAAGGUACUACCUCAUAACACCGACUACAGGAAACGAUGCGAAGCUGAGACUGGCCCUGACGGUGCCGAUCCCAAGUGGCCUUGCUUCACCUUCUGGAGCGGAGAUUUGAAGGAUGUGAUCGCCGAUACGUCUGCUUCAGGCAAAGCUCCCCACGAAUUCCUCCUCAUCAAAGAUGGCUACAAGUACGACUUUACAACUGUCGACCCCACCAAGGACUUCAAUGUGCAGUGGUACCAAGGGAGCGUUCAGAUGAGCUAUUCCGACUUCGACAAGGAGAAGGGCUGCUUCAAGAUCACGCUGAAGCACUAUGAUAACGAUAGUCUCCGUAUCUGGGUCUCUGCCGAGAACAGCAAAGAGCGAGAUCUAGACACCUGGAAUCGUGGGGAGACGUCCACGACCCUAUGCACAAAGACAACAGCUGCAACUCCUACCUUCCCAUCCUACUUAGCUUUCGCCUUCCUCCAUCUUCCAGUACCAAUCAUCAAGUUUGCUUCCGAAAUGAACUCACUUGGGCUCAUUCUCCUCCUCAGCACUCUCAGCGCCCUUUCUGCGGCCUUUGCCCAAGACUGUCCGCUGAAGUUGACCCCAAUUCGCCCUCGCAACUCGGACUUCAACAAAGCUUGUUCUGCCAAUUCCGCCUCCAAGUCUCCUUGCUUUCAUCACGUCUCUGGCUCGCUUCACUAG